AUGUCACUGUCCAGUGGUGUUAUGGUCGUUCAGUUGGAUGUGAAGGAAGAGCCGAAAAGCCGGAUGACAAGUCCCGGACCAGUGGCUCCUCCAACCAUCCAAAUGUUCCCCCAACCGCCUGCCGUCUGUACUUUUGACUCGCUAUUCUCUUCGCUAAGCUCUCCACUAUUCGGUUGUGCUUCCGCCUCUGACAAUGUGAAUCAAUUGGCGUAAGUUGCGAGAUCACAAGUUGAUGUUCAUUAGACCACGAAGAAAACGUAACGUGCUCGGAGCGAAAGCGAACCGAACACAGCCGAAAACCUUUUUUUUUUGCGCGCGCGCGAACCAACCUUGUUUUGACACUUCUUCAUAUUCUCCGCUCGCCAAAAUCAAUGUUUUGUUUUUGUGCCGUGCGGCGACACAAAGCCGGAUUACUGUAGAAAGAGAAGGGAGAGUCGAAUAUCGAGAUCGGCCAGUUUGGAGAGGCGCAAAAAAGCGGCAUGCAGCCGUCGCAUCAAGUGCGUAUAAUCUGAAACAAUAUCUAUCUCUCUCUCUCUCUCUUCCGUUUUCUCUUUUUGCGGAAUACAGUUUGAUUUGCUCUGGAUCAGAGUUCAAAUAGUGUUAUGCACAGCUUUCUCUCCAGGAUCACUCCGCCCCCUUCUCCUGUCGGGUCGGGACAGAUCAAAAACCAGAUGCUAGAUCCCGUGCACAUCCCAAAUCCUAAAACCUAAGCUCAGAUUCUAAAUUCAAUCCCCAAAGGACCGUGUGUGGGCAUGACUUUCUAGUUUCGUAUCCCACUAAUUUUCCAAUAAUCAGGUGGUUUUAUUCUCGCAAUCUCACUAGUUUCCUCGCUCUAUAAGCUUGUGAUACUCACAGCCUAAAAAUGGCAUUCCCGUGCACUCUUCUGGGUGGUACAGUCAUGUCCUCUGAGUUGUUUCGUUUGUUCGAUCCCAUUCUAAUCGUUUUUCUAACUGAUCCCUUCCAGCAAAUUGCUCCUCAUGAUCACCAACUCAACAGCGAAUGAAUCGAAUCGAAAACUCGACACUUCUGAGCCAUCCACAUUUCAUUUCGACUGGAAUACAACUCUCAAAGAGGAGUAUGAUAUGGUGGAAAAGCUGAACUCUCCACAGUACACCAACCUAACGUCCACCUCCCCGCCCUCUUCCUCCGGUGCAAAAAGCUUGACACUGCGGACGAUACAAAUUCCGAAAAUAGAAUCGACGCUUUUGAGUGAGUAUGAGGGUGUCACAUGAGCUUUUCCGAUGACUAAGGUUUCACACUUCUAAAUCUCAGAAACGGGAAGGAAAUAACCAAGCUAAUAAUGAUGGCAAUAAACAAAAGGAAAAACGUGCUCCUUUAAAUGUGUUUUUCCAUAACUUUCAAGCUAAAACUUGCAAUAUAAUUCAAUUCCAGAUCACUGUGCUAUCUGCAAUUUUCCUAUUGUCGACAAAGAGAUAAGCGUUAUCGACAACAAAGGAUAUCAUCAUCAGUGUGUGCGUUGUUCAAUGUGUGACGUAAGAAACUUUUUUUUGAAAAAACAUUGUUCAAAUUUUGAUUCCAGGUUCCGUUAGGCUUUACCGACAAGUGUUAUGUUCGAGAUGGCUCGCUGUACUGCCGAACGGAUCAUGUCAAGUGAGUGAAACAUGUUUCAACUUUAACUUUCAAAUGAGAAAAACUCGUUUUUUUUCCAGACGGUACCAAAAGUGUUGCAUGAAGUGUGAAAUUCCACUGAACCGUGAUGAUAUGGUGAUGCGGGCGAAGGAUUUGAUCUUCCAUCACGCUUGCUUUAUUUGUUACGUGAGUUUUUGCUUUCCAUCUUUUCACAUAUUAUUUUUCUUUAGAUCUGUGGCACAAAACUGAACCCAGGAGACUACUAUACAAUGUCGCCACAAGGUCACGUCUAUUGCCAUGGUAACUCGAAAGAAAAACAGAGCCGAAUGGCAUAGCAUCAUCAUGUUUUCAGCUCAUUACAACGUGGUGCGUUCGACGGCGUUGUGCGAAGAACCGGCCGCUGCUCCUACCGUAGUCGUCGCCGCGCCGCCACCGGAACCGCUCGCCAGAGAACCAUCGACGGAAGCGGAAGGUUCGGAGGGGGAAAGAGCACUUGUAAUUAGUGAACAGCUACCGUACACUUGACUGGUAUAAGAGCUCAAGGGGGAAUGGGGACAUCCUCAUUAUAAUAAGAGGAUGUGUCUCAAUGAAUGUAUACAAACACAUGCGCGCAAUUAUAUCCCGGAAAGCGAACCCGGAGGUGUGAAUGAAUAGCUCUUGUUCUUCUCUAUGUGGUUCUGGUUAUACUCAAACUAAACGCAAAGUUCGAAAUCCAAUCCUCUCCGUGUGCAUUCGAAAUGAUAAGUAAAUAAUUAGUCGGUGGUGCAUAAAAAGAAACAUGGCCACAGGUGGUUGGAGAAAGACGGCGAUGCGAUACCUUGUAAGAAUCAAAUUUCAAGCAUGAGAGGCACUGACCCGCUAAUCCCUCAUUUAGUCAGAAUCCGAAUACGCGCGGGUCAGCUGAGAGACUAGGCAGGGGGAAACGGGAGAGUGGAGGGAAAAUUUUGAUUUGAAGUAGCCAUAUCACUAAAGAAGUGACACGAGAGUGUACUUUUCUUGAAGAAUGUUGAAGAAUGUAACUUUAGGCGCUCUAUUCAAUGGUAUAAGUAUCUUGAGCGCGCCUCCUACAAUCACAUAAACAACUGAUAGUAGAAAUUCAGGAUCAACUGACGAAGAACAAACGAGCGGUCAUCAGAGAUCUAAGAGAAUGCGAACUUCGUUCAAGCAUCAUCAACUACGCGCCAUGAAAACCUAUUUCGCUCUCAACCACAACCCAGAUGCCAAGGACUUGAAGCAGCUGGCUGCCAAGACCAACCUGACGAAGAGGGUCCUUCAAGUACGUUAA